UGGGUUGGAAGGGAUGUCAGUCAACGGCACGGGAGGUUGCGAUUGGCUGACGGUGCCCGUAGAGGGCCGUUCUCUAUGGCACCCGCGGCAGCGGCGGCGGCGGCGGCGGCAGCAGCAGGAGGAACCGGAGCCGCUGUUGGGGGGCUGGUGAUGGGGUUAAUUCCCCCUCGUGUAUGAAGCCCCCUUAGCGACCCGGCCUUGCCGUCGUCUCCUCUCCCUCCCCUCUCCCUUUUCCCCGCCCCUGGUCCGCCCGUUCGUCAGGCUCGCGCCACUGCGAAUAAAAGGAAGACUUUCCUGCUUCUGCACAGCAGUGGAGACAGAAAAGGAUGUCCACCAUACCUGCAGUGUCUUAAAGGGAUGGUAUUGCUGAGACAACACAGUAUAGUACAGUCCAAGGGUCUCCGAUGGUGAUAAGGACAUGGGACUCCUUCCAGAUUCCAGAUGGUUCAUCACAGCUGACAUCUUGGUUGACGACUGUGAAAAAGAUCCUUGGAUUAUUUUAUUUUAUUUUCGUGGGAGAUCACAGUCACAGGCCUACAGGAUACAUCAGGCUCCAUAUUUCCUUUAGAUUUUUUUAAAAUAACCCUUUCUAAUGAGGAUGACUGAUACUGUUAUUGUAAAGGAGGAAAGUAAUACAAUGAAAGGUUCAGAAGCAGACGUAAAAGACAACACCACAGUGGAAUACUUCAUAAAAUCAGAAAGCCAUGAGCAAAUUCAAGUCGAAAAAGAUGAAAGGUGUACUGAUAAUAAAAAUGAUGUGCAGCGGCCAGCGCAAUCUUUUGGACAGACAGGAAAAAGGUCAAAGUCAAGUACAAAGUUAAAGCUAGUUCGGAGCCUGGCUGUGUGUGAAGAAUCUCCUCCACCUCCCACAGCUGAAAUUUCACAGGACAUCCAGGAGAAGAUUCAAAUCCAGCUAACACAGUCUUUUGAAAAGGAAGAGAAGCCUUCAAAAGAUGAAAUUGAAAAGGAAAAGCCCACUGAUAAAUUACCCAGGAAAAUGUUGUCAAGAGAUUCUAGCCAAGAAUAUACAGAUUCGACUGGGAUAGAUCUACAUGAGUUUUUAGUGAAUACAUUGAAAAACAAUCCCAGGGACAGAAUGAUGCUGCUGAAAUUAGAACAGGAAAUCUUAGAUUUCAUUGGUAAUAACGAAAUCCCACGAAAGAAAUUUCCCCCCAUGACCUCUUACCACAGAAUGUUAUUACACAGAGUGGCUGCUUAUUUUGGACUGGAGCACAAUGUGGACCAGAGCGGAAAGGCUGUUAUAGUAAAUAAAACCAGCAACACAAGAAUACCUGACCAGAAGUUUUGUGAACAUAUAAAAGAUGAAAAAAGUGAAGAUUUUCAAAAGCGGUACAUCCUAAAAAGGGAGAACUCUAGUCUAGACAAAGAUGACAACCAGAUGCGAAUACGAUUAAAAGAUGACAGAAGAAGCAAAUCUAUAGAAGAACGAGAAGAAGAAUACCUGAGAGCUAGAGAACGAAUAUUUGCACAAGAUUCGCUGUGUUCCCAAGAGAAUUACAUUAUUGACAAAAGAAUUCAAGAAGAAGAUGGCAGUAGUACCCAGCAAAGGCGGCAAAUAUUUAGGGUUAAUAAGGAUGCUUCAGGGAGGUCGACCAACAGCCUUCAGAGCAGUACAGACAAUGAACUAAAGUAUUCUGAACCCCGUCCAUGGAGCAGCACAGAUUCUGACAGCUCCCUGCGUAAUUUGAAGCCUGCUGUGACCAAAGCCAGCAGCUUCAGUGGGAUCUCUGUUCUGACAAGAGGUGAUAGCACUGGAAGCAGCAAAAGCACUGGCAGGCUCUCUAAGACAGGUUCAGAGUCUUCUAGUAGUGUAGGGUCAUCCACGGGUUCUCUUUCUCACACCCAGCAGCCUCUUCCAGUCACAGCUCUCAGCCAGCCUUGUCAUGGCACAUCUGCUGUCUAUCCAACUGUCAGCACUAGUAGUACUCUUUCCUUUGACGGUGGCAUAAGUGGCCAAGUGGCGCCUUCUAGCAGUAGCUUCUUUUUGCUUCCGUUGGAAGCGGCAGGCAUACCACCUGGAAGUAUUCUGAUCAAUCCUCAAACAGGUCAGCCAUUCAUUAAUCCAGAUGGCACUCCAGUUGUGUAUAAUCCUCCUAUGUCUCAACAACCUAUUAGAAACCAAGUGCCUGGACCUUCUCAGCAGCCGCCACCACCUCCCAUGCAACCUCAGCAACAGCCAGCAGCCAAUCACAUCCUAUCACAGCCUAUCCGACCUCUUCAGCCUUCUUCACAGCCUGUUCAAUUCUCCACAGUCACUUAUCCACCCCCGCUCCUGCCAGUCUCAUCUACCCAGCAAUAUACUGUGCAAGACAACCUAGGAUCCCAGUUUAGCCAUAUGAGUCUCUCCCGACAGCCCUCUGGGGAUACUGCUGAUCCUCAUGCCACCAUGUUUCAAUCCACAGUUGUCCUUCAGCCCCAACAGCAAUCUGGUUUUAUCAUAGCAACUGCCCCACCUCCCCCACCAGCCCCGCCCCCGCCCCCUGGCCCACCCGUUCCCACUGCUAAUUACAGUGCAUCCAACCACCCUGUCAACCAGCAAGUUCUUCAGCAACAGGGAUAUAUGCAGCAACCAAUGCCACAGAUGCCAGCCUGUUACUGUGCUCCUGGCCAGUAUCCGCACUCCAGUCAACAGUAUCGGCCAGUUACUUCGGUUCACUACAACACACAGCAAAACCAGCCACUGCCACAGCCUGCACAACAGACAGGCUACCAAGUUAUGCCUAACCAGCAGCAAAACUACCAGGGUUUAGUUGGCGUCCAGCAAUCUCAAAACCAAAACCUAGUCGGUGGCCAACCCAACAAUAUUGGAAACCAGAUCCAAGGUGUACUUGUCCCAUAUCCUCCUGUGCCAUCGUAUCAAGUUUCAAUGGCUCAAGGGUCCCAAGGAAUCUCCCAGCAGACAUAUCAGCAGCCAGUUGUUAUUCCCAGCCAGGCUAACCAAGGACUACCCACAUCAGGAAUGCCAGUUUACUACAGUGUCAUUCCAUCUGGACAGCAGAAUAAUUUAAGCUCUUCAGUAGCAUAUCUUCAGCCGCCAGGGUCAGAGCAGAUACAGUUUCCUAGAACCACGUCACCCUGCAACUCCCAGCAACUCCAAGGACAGCAGUGUGCAGCAGUAGUGCCACCACCAGGUGGAGGAAUGGUAAUGAUGCAGCUCAACAUCCCUAACAAUCCUCAGCCUCGACCCCAUUCCCCUCCCCAGUGGAAGCAAAAUAAAUAUUAUUGUGACCAUCAAAGAGCUCAAAAGUCGACAGAUUUUGGCACUCUGGACAGUUGUACACAGUUACAGCACAGUCCACAGAUUGGUAGCCCUGCCACCUCUCCGGCCCAGUCACCAGCACCCACCCAGGUGUCAAACAUGAAGAAUAUCCGUCCCACAUUAACACCCCUUCCUCUUGUGCCCCCGUUCUCUAGACCUUUUGUCCCUGGACAAGCAGAUGCCAGAUACCCCUUAUUGGGCCAGCCAUUGCAGUACAAUCCUCCGUCUCUGCUACACGGGCAGGUAGCAGGUCCACAGCCUGGAAGCAGACAUGGGAAUAGAGGAAGAAAACCAGCUAAAAAGGCUGCUUCUGCAGACCUUGGUGCAGGAGAACCAGUUGUAGGAAAAGUCUUAGAAAUUACUGAGCUGCCAGAAGGAAUAACUCGUGCAGAGGCUGAAAAGUUAUUUGUGGAACUCCAUAAAGUCGGUGCCAAGAUUCGGUGGCUGCGCAAUCCCCACUCUCUACAGAUGCAGCAGCAACACCACCACCAUUUCUGUGGUAGUGGAGAUAGCAGUGUGAACAGUGAACCUUCGAAGCCUAGUGACUUGGCAUCUACGUAUACGGUUCUAGCAACGUUUCCAACCAUGUCUGCAGCCCAAAACGCAUUGAAGAAACAAAGUAACUCACUGAAUAAGUUUAGGCUGAGAACCAGCAAGAAGCACUACGAUGUUCACAUUCUAGAAAGGGCUAGUUCUCAGUAACAACUAUGCCACUGAACAUUCAGCCUUUAUUACUUCCAUGUCCUUAUCUCCUCUACUUGAUUGGCUUGAUGUUUAUGGGUUUUUUGUUGUCUUCAUAAAGACUCUUUGGACAUCAAAGAACAGUAAAGCCUUUGAAGAAAACGCCCAGUGAUCUAGGCAGAAGAUGCAGGGUGGGGGUGGGGGUGGGGGUAAAUCACCAACAACUUGAAACCAAGCAAAACACUGCUGUGAUGUGAUAUGGACAAGCAGCCUUCUCCGCAGAAUGCUGUUUAAAAGCCCCUUUUCUAGUGUUUUGUUUUAUAUUGCUGAAUUCUUGUAUCAGAUCCAAAGCUCUGUUGUACAGCAAACUUUUGUUCACAAGAAAUAUGCAUAUUCUUAA